AUGACGACUCUCCCAGAUACAACUACAGUACUCAUUGUUGGCGCAGGGCCGGCAGGCCUCGCCUCCGCCUUGUCAUUAAUCAAACAAGGCGUUACCGACCUUACCAUCGUAGACGCGGUAGCUCAGGGCGACAACGCGUCGCGAGCACUGGUCGUGCACGCAGCUACCCUCGAGGCUCUGGACACCAUCGACUGUGCGCAAGAGCUCAUUGACGGAGGAAUCAAGAAUAGGGUGUUCAGACUCUGGUCGCAGACUUCAUCCCUCGCAGAGAUUAACUUCGACACUCUGAAAGGGUACACCAAGUUUCCGUUUGCCUUGUCUGCGCCGCAGAGUCUGACCGAACGAAUUCUCAACAAGAAGCUCAAGGGUUUGGGUGUUCACAUCCAUCGACCCCUGAAGGUUGUAGGCAUGCGCCGACAUGCCCAGGAUAGCGCAUACACCGACGUCACAUUCGAGAAUGGCAGCGUCAUAAGGGCCAAAUACAUCAUUGGCGCGGAUGGAGCUCGCUCUGUCGUUCGAACCAACGCUGGCAUCGGUUUCGCGGAUCCAGAUGGCACGGACAUUGCUACACUGGAAGGGAAGGUUAGCCAGCUCUGCACCGCAGACGUGAUUCUCAACAACGAGGAGAGAGUCAACAAGGAGUUGCGCGUCAUCGCUUCCUCCGGCUCUAUCUUCAUCUACGUUCCCCUUCCCAAGACCGUGAACGAACAGUAUGGUCGCCCCUCUGAUCAAACUAUCUUUCGGCUCGUUACCGGAUCCGCCCAAGAGAUUCCUCAUGCCCCCGGAGUCGAAUGGCUGCAGAAGAUGGCAGACAAAGACGGUCCUAUCUUCAUCUCCUCGGACCCUACUGUCAAUCCUAACGGCACGACGAUUAAGGAUGUCGUCUGGUCCUCGCGGUUCCGCACGCACUCUGCUAUCGCGGAUCGCGCCUUCAUUCGACUCGACUCUGAUCCCAAUGCGAAUCCCAGCGAUCCGAAGGCACCUGUCGAGGGGGGCGCUAUCUUGCUCGUAGGCGACGCCGCGCACAUCCACUCGCCCGCAGGCGGCCAGGGGAUGAACCUGGGCAUUCGCGACGCUGUCUCCAUCGGCAAGCCCAUCGCCGAGCACAUCAAGGCUACCCAGUCUUCCCCAGCCACGGUUGAUGAUGACAAGAUCCUACUCCACUUCGCUCAAGAAAGACACAAUCGCGCGGCCGAUGUCAUCCAUUUCACCAAAUCGCUACUCGGUAUGUUGGGGCCCAAGUACAGCGAGAAGCUUUUCUGGUGGCUGCCUAUUAGUCGGGCAACUGUUCGGGAUUGGGCGAUUUGGAUCGGUACGAAACCCAGGUUUGUGCAGUCGAGAAUUGCUUGGAACUUGAGUGGACUAGGAAGACCCUGAAGGGCAGGAAGCAGCUAUAAUCCUCGAGAAUAGUACUGAUGUAGUAUUUGCAAUUUUUACUGUAGACGAUGAACGUCAGAAAUC